AUGACGGAGGUUUCGUCGACUCGACUUUAUCUUGGGAACCUUCCCCGCAAUGUUACCAAACAGGAUAUCGAAGAACAUUUCAGCACUCAUGGCUCAGGUAAAAUCACAGAGAUCAAGCUGAUGAACGGCUUUGGCUUCGUUGAGUACGAGGAUGCUAUGGAUGCCCGUGAUGUUGUGCCUGCCUUUCAUGGUAGUGACUUCAAAGGUGAACGACUGACUGUGCAGUUUGCGCGUGGUCCCCGGCGCAAGGAGACCUUCCCUGGUCCACAAGACCGCCCCACUGCUCCUCGUCCACGUCGCACCAUGUUCCGGAUGCAGAUCUCUGGUCUCCCAGAAACAAGUUGGCAGGAUCUCAAAGACUUUGCCCGUCAAUCUGGACUGGAUGUAGUCUACUCUGAAACAGGCCGUGAGCAAGGAAAAGGGUUUGUUGAAUUCGAAACCGCCAACGACCUGAAGACUGCCGUGGACAAACUGGACCAGAAAGAGUUCAAAGGCGCACGAGUAUCCUGCGUUGCGGAUAUUCAAACCAAUUUUGAUGACCGUCCUUUCCGUGACCCCUAUCGGUCUCGCUCCCCACGUCGGCCUUACCCUCCAAUGGAUGAAUACGACAGAAGAUUCCCAGCUCCUCGUGGAUACAGUCCCCGGGAUCAUUACCGGGAACGGUCGCCCAUUCCCAUGCGCCGAGAAUACUAUGAGAGAGAUGGAUAUGGACGCCGCACUCCCCCACGGCCUCGGAUGGAGGACUACCCGCCUCCACGUCGUCCCUACGAUGACCCCUAUGAUGCCCGGGGACCUCCUCCCCCUCCACGCCACUAUGAUGAUCCGUAUCUUGUGGCUCGGGGUCCUUAUGCUCGUCCACGUUCUCCUCCCCGUGGUGAGUAUGCUGCCUAUGACCGCGCACCUCGGUAUUGGUAA